AUGUCGGGGCGCUCGGGGCGGGGUGCUGAACUGACGCUCCUUUGGGCCAACCAGAGCGUGGCGGGGUGGCGGGGUGGCGGGGUUUCUUGCCGUGGUGCCCCUGGCCCGGUCCGGCCCGUCAGCGUUUUGUCCUGCAGGGAAAAGAAGUGGGUGACGGUGGGCGACACGUCCCUGCGGAUAUUCAAGUGGGUGCCGGUGGCGGACAGUAAGGAGAAAGAGAAAUCCAAAUCGAGUAGCAGCACGGCCCGAGAACCCAAUGGAUUCCCAGCUAACACCUCUGCCAACUCCUCCCUCCUUCUGGAGUUCCAAGGUGCUGUCUCUGCAGAUGAGAACAGCAACCAGAGCUCCCUGUCUGAUGUGUACCAGCUCAAGGUGGACAGCAGCCCCAACUCCAGCCCCAGUCCUCAGCAGAGCGAGUCCAUGAGUCCUGCCCACACGUCUGACUUUCGCACGGACGACUCACAGCCUCCCACCCUGGGGCAGGAGACCCUGGAAGAUCCCUCCCUGCCUUCCUCAGAAGUGGCAGAUGAGCCUCCCACUCUCACAAAAGAAGAGCCGGUCCCCCUUGAGACUCAGGUAACUGAAGAGGAGGAGGACUCCAGUGCACCCCCUCUGAAGAGAUUUUGUGCUGACCAGAACUCUGUGUGCCACACAGCCUUGGAGAGCUAACCUGCCUGGCCUGGCACCUUCGUCAGCCCCUUGCAGAGCCACCUGGCUUCCCCAGGACCAGCGCUUCCCUCCAGCCUGCCCCUUCCCCAGUGUCGGGGCUCCCACCACUCGCAUCAAGUGCACCCUUCCGUUCCCUGCCCUGCCCUGCCCUGCCCGACAGAUGGGCCCGCUGCCAGUACCUGCAAAUUUGUCUCUAUUUAUUGGCUCCCUCUCUCCCUGCUCCCUGCCCUAGAGCUGGGGGUCUCCGCUGGGUGGGCUGCAUGGGUAAGGGGGUUCUCCAUGGGGCUCCCUACUCUCCCUGGUCUCCAGGGCGCUGGCAGAUGCUGUUUGCCUGCUCAUGGCUCCCCUGUCUGCCCUUCCCCUGGGUGCUGGGAACAGGAGAGCCACCUUCCACCUGCUCCAGGUGAUGUGUCCACUCGGCUGUGGGAGCAGGUGGUGGGGAGUGUGGGGUGCAGUGAGGGGAGGCCAGCAGGGACCCAUUGGGACGCUGUGCAAUAAGCUGCUAGUUUAAGCCAUUCAUACUGGGAGAGAGGGGAGCACUUUCCCCUCCUGGAGGGCAGGUACUGACCGGCCUCAGCUCUGCCGCGGGGCACAACUCCAGCCGAGUGGAAUUUGCAGUCCCUCGGAAGCUGGCAGAGUAUGGGAAGCCGCUGCCCUGUGCUGCAGGGCCUUGCCCUGGCCUAGGUACCCGUUAUCCCCGGGAUGGGGAAGGAAGCGGCAGGGUGCUGGAGCCCCCGGGAAGCGCUCCCGCCUUGGAGCUCUGCUGCCCCCCGAUACCUGCUGCCCCUUCCAGCCCCACUCUCCCCUCGCUGCCACUGCAUGUCCCGCCGAGUCCGUGAUCGAGCCUGGUGAAGCUGGAGGCGCCGCUGCGCGUGGAAGUGGAAAGUUAUUUUAGCACUGAAUAGAAUAUUUUUAAAAUUAAACUGUUUGAAAUACAGAUGCAGAGCACGAUGUCGGCCGCGCAGUGCCGGGUGGGGAGGGGCGGUGCGGAAAGAGAAGGGCAGGGAAGUUUCUGCUACAGGGGGCCCGGUGGCGGCAGUCACCGCCUGCCGCGCACACGGAGCUCGCUCGGAGCCCGGUUCCCGUUUCCCGCACUUCCCUCGCUGCCGGUGGCUGGCGCUAUGCGGAGCAGGCGGCCCCGAGCCCGGGCGGCCGUAGCGCCCGGCGGAGCGGCUCCGACCACGGCCCCGGCCCCGGGCUCUGCCCGCUCCGUAGCCGUCCCUGCCCACCCAAGGGGCUCUGCCCGCGCCUCCUCGCCGUCAGGGACCGCGGGGGCCGGGAGAAAUGCGCCGGGCCUGCGGGAAGCGGGGAUGUGCUUCGGACGUGACUUCAGGGCAGUGCCAGAGCGUCCCAGCAGUUCCCCUCAUUAACUCGCGGCCUCCGCACCAGCCCGCUCAGACCUGACUACCCUUGCAA